GUCCAGGCUUCUCUUCAUAGACGAACAGAUACCCGAGAGAGAGAGCGUUCCACCCCCUUCAGCUACAGGGGAAAAACGAUUCGAGGGAAACGUUUCUCUCCUUCAAUUUAAUUCGCCUACGCUCUCUUUCUUUCGCCAUAUUACGCAUUCUCAUAAUUCCUCAAUCCAAUCAGAUCCUGUUUUCUCAACAAGCAAUUUGGUGAUGGUUGGAACAUUGUUUGUUUCUUAACAAUGAAUUCCAGGUUUCUGAAUCACAUACCUUGGUUUAAUAUGCAUUCAAACAAGGAUUUGGGAACAAGCUGUAAACCCACAGACGUUGUUUUAUCUAUGGGUUCUGCUUCUGCCUUAGAACAACCUAAACAAAAGGCUCAUUUUGAUGUCAAGAUGUGGGGAUGGUCCUUACUCUCAUUUUUGCCUUUUGCUAUCAGUGCUAAAGAUAAAAUUCGGCCGCCGACCACUAUAAACAAAGGGUUAAAAAGGCGUGCUCAAUCUCAUGGAGUUGUUGAAAAUGGUGGUGCUGCUAGUAGUCCCUUGCGCUUCAGGCCAUAUGUUUCCAAGGUUCCUUGGCAUACUGGUGCAAGAGGCUAUCUUUCUCAGCUAUUUCCACGUUAUGGGCAUUAUUGUGGACCAAACUGGUCAAGUGGAAAAGACAGGGGUUCUCCUCUUUGGGAUAAGAGGCCAAUUGAUUGGUUGGACUAUUGUUGCUACUGUCAUGAUAUGGGUUAUGACACUCAUGAUCAAGCCAAGCUGUUGAAAGCAGACCUAGAAUUUCUUGCAUGCUUGGAGAAGCCAAAUAUGACUACUAAAGGAAAUACCCAUAUUGCUCAGAUUUAUAAGACAAUGUGCAUUACAGGUCUUAGGAAUCUCCUGAUACCAUACAGAAUACACCUUGUGAAGUUACAGUCAGGGCAACCUUUGCUCAAUUUUGGAUGGCUGAGCAAUGUGAAAUGGAGAGGUUGGAAUUGGCAGAAAACAUAAACAUAAUUGCAGCAUGUGGCCAGUAACAACAUCAGUGAUUAUCCUAAGGUGGAAAUGCAGCAUGUGGAUUUCAGCUGAGUACUCUUCUUGUAUUUUUACAUUUAGGUUAAAGGUUCCUGUGCUAGUGCUUAAAGGUAAAGAGGGAUCAUGGCUAUGUUGGAAAUUUGAGAUAUCUGAAUCUCAUAUGGUUGUCUCAAAAAUGCAUAUAAUGUAAAUAACUGCUUUCUCGACUCUAGUUUUUGCAUGCAAUUGGUAUAUUUAAUUGUUAAA